CGUUUCCAACAUCCUUGGUGCAUCCCGAACAGCUCUCCCUCACCGUUUGAUCCUUUGGUUGUCAGAUGGCCGCCGCCGUCUCCACCGUUGGGGCUGUCAACCGAGUGCCGUUAAGCCUGCAUGGGUCAAGCUCAGGUGCUUCUGUCCCCAGCUCGGCUUUCUUCGGGAGCGCUCUGAAGAAAGCAAACUCCGGCCUGAGCCAUGGACGGGUCUCGACUGCUAGCUUCAAGGUCUUGGCUGCCGAUCUCGACGAGUCGAAGCAGACGAGCAGCGACAGAUGGGCAGGCCUUGCGUCCGAUGUAUCCGAUGACCAGCAGGAUAUCACAAGAGGGAAGGGGCUGGUCGACACUCUCUUCCAAGCUCCCAUGGGCGACGGAACCCACAUCCCCGUUAUGAGCUCUUACGAGUACAUCAGCCAGGGUCUCCGCCAGUACAACUUCGACAACACCAUGGACGGAUACUACAUCGCACCAGCUUUCAUGGACAAGCUUGUUGUGCACAUCGCCAAGAACUUCAUGAACUUGCCUAACAUCAAGGUUCCCCUAAUUUUGGGUAUAUGGGGAGGCAAAGGUCAGGGGAAAUCGUUCCAGUGCGAGCUCGUCUUUGCCAAGAUGGGGAUCAAUCCUAUCGUGAUGAGUGCCGGAGAACUGGAGAGCGGGAACGCGGGGGAGCCGGCAAAGUUGAUCAGGCAACGGUACCGAGAGGCGGCAGACAUCAUCAAGAAGGGGAAGAUGUGCUGCCUCUUCAUCAACGAUCUCGACGCAGGUGCCGGGAGGCUGGGCGGCACCACCCAGUACACCGUCAACAACCAGAUGGUGAACGCCACCCUGAUGAACAUCGCCGACAACCCGACCAACGUGCAGCUCCCGGGGAUGUACAACAAGCAGGAGAACGCCCGCGUCCCGAUCAUAGUCACCGGCAAUGACUUCUCCACGCUGUAUGCUCCUCUCAUUCGCGACGGUCGCAUGGAGAAGUUCUACUGGGCACCGACCAGGGAGGACCGGAUCGGUGUCUGCUUAGGUAUCUUCAGGACCGACAACGUCCCCAUGGAGGACAUCGUCAAGCUCGUUGAUGCCUUCCCAGGCCAGUCGAUCGAUUUCUUCGGUGCCCUCAGAGCCAGGGUCUACGAUGACGAGGUGAGGAAAUGGGUGGCGGAGAUUGGAGUCGAGAAGGUGGGUAAGAAGCUCGUCAAUUCGCUCGAAGGGCCGCCGACGUUUGAGCAACCCAAGAUGACGCUCGACAAGCUGACGGAGUAUGGGAACAUGCUGGUGAGGGAGCAGGAGAACGUGAAGAGGGUGCAGUUGGCGGACAAGUACUUGAGCGAGGCUGCACUCGGCGACGCCAAUGCGGAUGCCAUCAAAACUGGAUCCUUCUAUGGUUAAGCCUGCAGCAUCUGUUCGAGAGUUUGAUGCAUGCGAUGGAUUAGCAGCAGCACAUUCUGUGCCAUACUAAUGGUGUAAAAGUUAUCUUGCUUUGUGUUCAUGAAUUCUGUUCCCGAUAUGCUAAAGAAAACUCGGUGACAGGAAGUCAAAC